AAAUGCCCACUGCCAUGAUGCCCGUGUAGCGCAGCAAAGCUACAAACCGGUUCUGUUUGCCGCAGAAACCACAGACUGUCCAUCAUCACUCAUCUGCAGCUGCAUGUCGCAGUCUGAUACGAGGGGGACGAUGUCUGUGGCGAAUGCGAAACACACUGUUCUGAAUCCGGUGAUCCCAUAUACUGGACCCAUAGCCGGAGGCCUGCACCCAGGGGAGAUCAUCAUUAUCCAGGGUACUGUGCCCCCAGAUGCUGACAGCUUUCAGGUCGACCUGUCGAGUGGCUGCAGCACCAAACCGCGCUCUGAUGUCGCCCUCCAUUUCAGCCCUAACUUCAAAGGCUCGCCCUGUGUGGUGUGUAACUCCCUGCUGCAGGAGAACUGGGGCAAAGUGGAGACCCUCCACCAGCUGCCCUACAAACGGGGUGCGCCCUUUGAGACCAUCAUCCUGGUGAAUGAAGAUGUCUUCAAGGUGGCAGUAAACGGCACUCACCUGCUGGAAUAUAAGCACAGAAUCCCUCUGAACAGGGUCGACACUUUUUCUAUUUCUGGGAACGUCAGGGUCCACGCUAUUGGCUACAUCCCAAACUCAGCAAUAUAUUCAGAAUCAGGUGACCUGAGCCUCCCUUACAAAGGCAGUAUACUUAAAGGACUGAGUCCAGGACAGCACAUCACAAUAAAGGGACAGGUCAGCUUGUAUCCCCACAGUUUUACAGUGAACCUUUGCAACAGCAAGUCAGAGAACAUCGCUCUCCACCUAAACCCCCGCAUGAAGUCCAGCGUGUUCAUCAGGAACUCAUACCUGAGUGAAUCCUGGGGUCAGGAGGAACGGGAGCUGCCCUUCUUUCCCUUCUCACCAGGAGAAUACUUCGAGAUCCUCCUCCUCUGUCAGCCCCAUCAGUUCAAGCUGGCAGUGAACGGCUCCCACUUGUUUGACUUCAGGCAUCGAGUGCAGGACCUGAGUAGCAUCGACCAGCUGGAGAUCAUGGGAGACCUGGAGCUCACCGAUGUGAAACUGUGGUAACUCAUUAAGGAGUUACCAGAGGUGCAGAUACUGUUAGACUGUGGUUAUCAGUGCUAAAUUAGCUUUGCUACAGUGACCCAGACGAUGGAUGCUGAACAUGGAAGAAUCUGUGCUGGUCAGAAAUGCACUACAUUUUAAGCUAGCCUAGCACUGACCAAAGGCCAUGGACAGACGCUACCAUGGAGGGAAAUGGGUUAUCUUUUCAGCUCUGACUUGAGGGUUGAUGCAUGACAGAAAGCAUCAGGCUGGGAGUCUUCAUGACUGUUUACAGCUACAAGUUAAGGUCAGUUUUGAUAAAGUCUUUAGUGCAUCUCUGCUGUGGUUCAGCCUGAAUAUGUAAAACAGAACAUAUAUAUUAAUGUUUAUCUCUUUAAAUACUGGCUUGGCUUAUAUGUUAAUAAGAAAGUCAGUAAACCCAAUGAAUGAAUUGAUGCUCAAUGCUGAAUAAUUUACAGCUAAAAGAUUCAGAGCAUUUCUCAUUUUUACACCAUAAUUUGUACAGAAACACUCAGAUUUUCUCUAAAGUUUUCAUUUUCAUUCCUCUGCAUUCAUUUCAUGCACUUAAAUUAAGAAUGAAGUGGAGCAGCAGAAUUCAAAUUUUAGUCCAGGGUAUAUCAAAUUAAAUCUAAUUUAUAAAGCAUUUUUAAUACAAAAGCACUUUUAAUAGCACAAACUGCUCUACAUAAAAACACAUCUGAUCAUAAUCUUAUUUACUCUCACAAACACACAAACACACACAACAAGCAGUCACCCUCCCCUCCUUCUGUCUCUUCUACUGAAUAUUAUGGAAAUAAACAUCUGGCUUGACACUAAUGUGAGGAAACAAUAUCUUGUGGAUCCGUUCACACCAGGAGCCAGACCACCAAAGACCACAGGCCACCAUCACAGAAAACCACCAAGAUCAGGACAGGCAGAGGUCUGCCAGGGUGCAGGACCCCCAGCCACCCAGACGAGGGUGAUCCCCCAAUAUACAGAGACCAGUGCAGUCCAAAAUAUACAUCGUUUGCCUUUUCUGCUGUUAAGAAAAAAUGUAUGGAAAAUAUCCCUCAUGUAACAUACUUUAAUAAUAAAUGAAUGUGCUAUUGA